CUGAGUUCCGGUUCGGACUCGGAGGUCGUUUUUGUGGUUUGGAUUCGGAGUUCGUUUCUGCCGUGUCGAAAACCAUGAACUUCUUCUUGGAGACGGUCCGAAUGGUUUUCCUGUUCAUCUGGUAUAGUGUGGAGUCCUUCAUCUACUUCAUUGUCCCCAAGAAGAGGAAGAGCGUGUCGGGCGAGGUGGUGCUGAUCACCGGCUCAGGCAGUGGGAUCGGCCGCCUGAUGGCUCUGGAGUUUGCCCGUCUGGGCUCGGUGCUGGUGCUGUGGGACAUUAACCAGGAGGGCUUGAAGGAAACGGCGGCGCUGGCUAAAGAGCAAGGAGCCUGCAGAGUCCACUGCUAUCUGUGUGACUGCAGCGACAAGGCCGAAGUCUACAGAGUGGCUGACCAGGUGAAGCGGGAGGUGGGUGAUGUGGGCAUUCUGGUGAACAAUGCCGGCGUGGUGACGGGAAAGACCUUCAUGGAGUCUCCUGAUUCGCUCAUUGAGAAGACGAUGGAAGUGAACAUCAUGGCUCAUUUCUGGACCUACAAGGCCUUCCUUCCUGCCAUGAUGGCCAAAAACCACGGCCACCUUGUCUGCAUUGCCAGUUCGGCUGGACUCAUAGGAGUCAAUGGAUUGGCAGAUUACUGUGCCAGUAAGUUUGCGGCAGUAGGUUUUGCUGAGGCGGUGAAUCUAGAACUGCUGGCAAGUGGAGUGGAUGGCGUCAAGACCACCAUCGUGUGCCCGUACUUUAUCAACACCGGAAUGUUCAAUGGAUGUCAGACAAAGUGGCCGGCGGUGUUACCCAUGCUAGAUCCAGGGUACGUCGCGAAGAAGAUUAUCCAUGCUGUCCUUACAGACCAAGACAUCCUAGAAAUACCCAGGAUUAUUUACAUCUUAACUGCCCUGAAAAGCAUCCUGCCGUCGAAGCAGACCCACGUGCUGCGCAUGUACAUGGGCGCCUUCAGCAUCAUGGACACGUUCAGGGGUCGCUUCAGGAAACAGGAGUGAAGAGACGCUGAUGGAUCUCUGAAAAGCUUAAAGUCGGACUUGGCUCCGAGUCCAAAGUAAAAGUUUUUUAAAAUCCUCUUUCCUCUCAGGCCGUUGAUUUUAAGUGACUUUAGUUUUGUGUAACCUUGAAAACGGUGAAGAGGGUGAUGAUUCUGUUCAUCAUGUGACCACUACUUUGUGUAGUUGCUGCCGUGGCAACAGACGCUUCAUUUCAUGUAUUCUUGAAAUUUUUUUUUUGGGGGGGGGGGGGAAUUUUCCUCAAGGACAUUGUGGCUGAUGUUUCCUGUAAACGGUGAGUCUGACUGUUGCCAGCAGGUGGGUUUUUACAGCAACCUGAUAAAACUCCAUAAAAAAAAUUAUCAGCCGAUAUGACAAAGGAAUGUAACUGAUAUUUAAACAUGAACGUGAUUAUAAAUUAUAUGAAUAUAACCAGCGUACAUCACGCUGUCUUCACUCGGCCUGACAAGUUGCUGUGUUGCAUCGCUCAGUAUGUCCAUAAGAUACAGUCUAUUUUGGCCCCGCCUAGCUGGCGGUGUAGCCCCCACUUGUCACCCACUCUGAUUGAAAAUGAACGGCAGCUGGUCGCGUUGCUGCUUUCUCUGGAAGCUAAUGUGGGCAAGAGGUGAUGGGCUUGUAGCCAUGCUUGACGCACUGUAAGCAAUGCAGUCGGAGUGCCCUUUACUGGACAAACUGUGUAAUGGUGCCAUUUCCAAAAGCCAAAGUGUUUUUUUUUUCUGCACUGUUUAUUUGGUAAAAUAAAAGUUUUCAUAUCAGCAAUAAUAAUGCCAAUACAGAUAUGUUCAUGACAGGCUGAUAUGGGCCGCAGCCACGCUGUGGCCACGCCCUUCAGUGUAUGUCGUCAUUGUUUGUACUGCACUCACGGCCUCUGCCCCCUGUACUCUUCCGUCUGAUAUGCAUGCAGCUGUUACACAUCUGGACCAUCUGAAUCCUGAUCCAGACCGCCUGGAUCAAACCGACUGUGUGCCAGAACACUGAGCGUGUUUGAGGCAGUGACACAAGUAUUCAAUUUCCUCAAACAUUCACACAACUCAACCCUAGUCUUUUUUUCUUUUUUUUUUAAGCACCUCGCAUUGUCUCGUCUGUGGGCUGGCAGACUUUCUUUAGUUUCCCAGAUGACAGAUAACAAACAUUAGCAGUACGUGUGGCUAACUGGUUGAUGGACAGCAGGCGUGUUCUGUCACAUAUGAGGGGGCGUGGCCACCAUGGUUCAGGUUCAGACAGUUAAAAACACAUCUUGUGUCUCUGUCCUUCCUCACUGUCUGUGCUGCUGUCUGUUGGUUUGUCCGUUUUGUACACCUGGCUCACAUGUUGCGAUUCAUUACCUUAUUCCAGUACUGUUGUCCAACAAAAGCAGUGGAUGUGAAGAACAGGAAUUAAAAGCCGAUGUUCUAAAC